UAUAAUCAGCCGGAUGAAGUGCCAUAUGCAAUAUUUCAUGUUAAAUACUAGUCAUAACUCGAAGAAGAAAGUGAGAAAAUGAACUCAACUGUGAAUACUUUUAUAUUAUUUUUGGCAAUUUUUGGAAGCGUAAGAGCAUUUGUCAUCGAGGAAAUAUUAGAUGCUUUUUGUUCUACCCCACAGCAUCUUUUCAAGAGAUACCUCAACUGUACUUUGAAUGAAAGUCCAGAAUUAUUUCGAAAGGCAAGUGAUAUCGUUUACAACUGUGUUGAUGAAUAUUUUGAAAACGAUGGAAAACUAGAGGGUUUUGUAUUGUUCCUAUGUGACAAAUAUGUACAAGAUGAUGAAGACGUAAAAAGUUGCUUGCAGAGGAAAGAAAAUUUCAUUCCAAAUCCAAAAGAGGAGGAAGUCAUGGAGAUGCUUAAAUAUGCAGUAUAUUGUAUGAUGUAUGCUUAAAUAUUCAAACUUUUGAACAAUUUAUAUCACGAAAUAUUUUUUCGUAAAUGAUAAAAUAAACUGAUUUAAAAUCGCAACUUUAAGUAUUUUAUUGU